AUGGCUUCAUACUCUUGGUUAAUUGUGUGUGCGGUUUUGAUAACUGUAAAAUUAGUUUUUGGAAAUGACUGCUCGAGUCUCAUGAAAUUGGAAUCUUGCGACGAGUGCAUCAGAUGCGGUGGUCAAUGGUGUAAUGAUCCUGAUGCUAACACACGCUGCCUCGAAAUGCCUAGCGACAACUGGUGUCCUGGAUAUCGGGAAGAACUUAUCGUUAUAGGAGAGCGGAUAGAACCUGGAACUCCAGAUAAACCCAUGUACAUGGAGAGAACCGUAAAAGUUGGCAAUCAAAAUAUAAUCAACUAUAAAAAUAUUGAGCCAAAGGUCAAAAUAAUAAACACAACACAGAACCAUAAUUUCUACGUGAAAACGGCAAAAUUCCGUGGAAAGGAAAACUGGUACGUUGAGGCAUCGCCUGGAAAUGAGUUUUGUUCAGAAAAAAGUAAAACUCUGGAGGGUGUCUACGUUGAAAUAAAUGUUGGGGACGUUAAGGAUAUAGUUCAGUACCACGUGCCUUGCGCAUGUCAGUGCAGCGAGCGAGCUGAGGUGUUCUCAAGAAAAUGCAACGGAAGAGGCACUUACGCCUGCGGUGUUUGCUCCUGCCCGAGUGGAUGGGCUGGCAAAUUUUGCGAAAAGAAAGAAUGCAAAGGCAUCCGUGGAGAUCUACAAUGCAGCAAUCCUGCUAGAAAUGAAUUGGAAUGCUCGGGUAACGGUUACUGUGGUCCAUGCGAGACCUGCGAAUGCUACACCGACCGCCCUGGCUCCAAGUACUUCGACAAGGACUAUUACUGUGCGGACAUCUGCAUGACUACCAGCGAUUGUGAUGAAUGCCUGAGCAAUCCUGCGCUCGGUCACUGCGGCGAAUGUCACUAUCCUUUCAUCAAGAUGCAGUACAAUGAGACUCUGAUGGUGCAGCGAGACAGCAUGAACAGGAGCGUGUGGGUGACUUGCAAUGGGACUGUCGAUGAGUGCCACGUGGAGUAUGCGGCUAUGAAGGAUGAAAAUGAUGACGUAUACGUCAUGGUGAUCAAGCUGUGCGAUCACAGUACUGAGGCGUCUGUCGUUGGUGGUGUGAGCUUGACGAUCCCCGUGGUGCUGACGGUGCUGCUGGUGGCGGCGGCGGGCGCGGCGACGGCAGGCUACCUAGUGUGGAAGAGCCGGCCGCCGCCGCUGCCGCUCGCCGACACGCAGUACCAGAACAUCGGCGCCGAGGACUGCGUCGGCUCUAACCCGCUCUACAUACCGCCCACCUCCUACUACAACAACCCCACCUACGGCAAGAACUAG